CACUCAUGCAGUUUACUCUUUUAUCCAUUAUAUGGUUAAUUUGAUCCCAGCCAAUCACAGUUUAGCUGUUCACGCAUCUCACUCCUUGAAGUUUAGUUAUAAAAAAUCUUUGGUGAGAUCGCUUACAGAGUGAGGGUGAACAUCUGAAGAGUGGCUCCCAACUUUUCUACAACUGUUUUGUGUGCGUUCAGAUACUACCUUCUCUCUCUUCUCUCUACUCCUUAUCUCCUGUCCUCGUAGCGCCAUGUCGAACGAGGAGCGGACUUUCAUUGCCAUCAAGCCAGAUGGAGUUCAGAGGAGGCUUGUUGGCGAAAUCAUCAAGCGAUUUGAGCUAAAGGGCUUCAAAAUGGUGGGGAUGAAAUUUGUCCAGGCCCCGGAGUCUCUGCUGAGGGAGCACUACGCUGACCUGGAGGACAGACCCUUCUUCCCAGGCCUCGUCAGCUACAUGACCUCAGGACCAGUGGUUGCCAUGGUGUGGGAAGGGUUCAACGUGGUGAAGACAGGCAGAGUGAUGCUGGGAGAGACCAACCCUGCAGACUCCAAACCCGGCACCAUCCGAGGGGACUACUGCAUCCAAGUGGGCAGGAACAUCAUCCAUGGCAGUGACUCAAUAGAGAGUGCCAACACAGAGAUCAACCUGUGGUUCAGACCUGAGGAGCUUUGCAGCUACACUAGCUGCUCUACCAGCUGGCUCUACUGAUCUAGGAUCAGUUUACCAUCCACAAACCCUAACCAUUAGGACUAGGAGGGGGAAUGUAAAACUGGCCUUAGAUCAGAGACAACUUCAUCCUACUCUAGCUGGCGACUGAGGACCAUUUACUAUGGUAAAUGUGUUCGACUGCUUGUUUUGUUCAACUGAGCUUUCCAAUAAAAAACUCACAACCAUCUUUUUUUCUUGUUGCUAGGGGUUGACAAAAUCUGAUAACCUUACUGAAAUUACCAGGUUUUCCAGAAAUCCUGGAUGGAGGAUUCUGGAUUUCUUGCUCAUUCCUUCGUGAUUCAGGGAAACUUCCAACCUACCUCACAUCAUGAAAACCCUUUUCUUUCAACAGCCACCCAGUGAACUGCUCUUGAUCAUCUGACAUGGCCUACAGUAGGUUGAUAGGGUUCAUUGGUGCAUCACCGUCCUGUGGGCCUCAGUCCUGCUGGCCACAUUGACAGUUCAAACAUUAGCAGGCCUGGCCAGGUCACUGCCAAUAUUAAGAGGGAUUAGCCGGCGCAUUAAACCUAGGUUGGGAUUAACUGUGGAUCUGCUGCCUUGCUCAGGUGAGUAAACGGUCAACCUAAUGGUGGACAAGCAUUUUGGGACCUGGGAUGACACAAAGGAGGUAUCACACACAUACUGUAUGCUUAGAAUGGUACCUGUGUCACUGGGGAAGAUUUGACCCAAGAUGUCUAUCAGACGUGCAUGUGGUGUGGAGCACUGGAAGCACCUGAGGCUGGCAGAUCUCUAGUCAGUUUCAUUGCAGGACUCUGGAGACGCACUGGGUCCACUGCAUGGGGAAGUGACAUUGGAGUUACAAUCGUUAGCAGCUGCACACAAGCCUAAGAUCACCAAUGCCAAGCGUGGGCUGGAGUGGUGUAAAGCUCACCGCCUCUGGAGCAGUGGAAACGCGUUCUCUGGCGUGAUUAAUCCCGCUUCACCAUCUGGCAGUCUAACACAUGAAUCUGGGUUUGGCAGGCGCCAGGAGAAUGCUACCUGCCCCAAUGCAUAGUGCCAACUGUAAAGUUUGGUGGAGGAGGAAUAAUGUUGUGUGGCUGUUUUUCAUGGUCCGGACGAGGCCCCUUAGUUCCAGUGAAGGGAAAUCUUAACUACAAAGAUUGGAAAAAAUCUGCAUCAACAAAUAUAGUAAUUUAUAAGUAUCAUUUUAUUCAGUGUAAAAAGUUAGUUCUUACAAAAAUCACUAACAGAUAGACCUUUUCACAGCCAUGCGGAAACCGUUUGCAAUGGUUGUAAACAAAUAAACAAAUAAACACAACCAAUAUUGUCCCCAAACAUUUGAUAUAUUUACAAAUUCAAGGAAUUGUCUAUCAAACUUUGAUCACAGCACAAAAUUACCAUAAUGAUGAAAGGAAACCUCAUUUUUAUAGACACUAUCAAAAAAUGUACAAACCCUACACUGCAACUUAAUAUGUAUUACAAGGGCCAGUGUUAAUAAUUUCAACAAUCUUAACCAUUGUUAUUUGUAUCCAAAAUAAAUCAAAAACGCAACUUAAGCCCCUCCAUUCAUAAUUACAAUUGAGAAUUAUUUCCCCAAUAAAAUAACUAAUAAUCACGUUAUCAAAUAUAUGUAGCACCAUGAUAUAAUGGCUGAAUAUAGAGGGUUUGUCGCAUACAAAAAGAGACCCGUGUUAGUAUUCAAUGAACAGACACCACAUUCUAGAUUGACUCCCUAGCCCCUACCACCACGAGAAACCAUGUGAGUCUGAAAAGAUUUGGAUAGGUGUAAGCAAUAUGGCUCAAAUUCCACCAAGCUUACCAAAAGGGCAAAAUGGAGGUAUUAGCAUGUUUCUCAUACCUAUCAAAUCUGUAGGAGAUACUUUGGGUUAGGUGCUAGAGGUGAAUUUAGUGGGCGGUAGCAAGACCAAAGACCAUAACAGCAACAACAACAAAAAGCUCAGUACAGGACCACAGAAAGACCUCACUAUUCUGCAUGCACUCUAACUUGAUUGAUCAGUGCACCCACUCCCAAAUCAGCCCCUCAGAUCUACACACUUCCUGAAUUGCCCCUUGUACAUCUGAACAGACCGGAUAGAUGUGAGCUUAUAAUGUCAUAUUGCUUAUACGCAACCUGUUCUUUCAGAUAUCUAAGAAGGAUUCAGAAGUGACUAGAUGGAGAGGCAAGGUGUUGACUUUGGAUUGGGCUUCUAGGUGAUAUUGGGAUAUUCUUACAUACAUUUCUAAGAAUAAAGAAAGAGGCAUAGUAUCACUGAAAAAGUAGAAACCUUCAAAAUGCAGAAAAGGUUUGCGGUGUUUGAUUGUGCGUUAGGAAUCAUUUGGGUUAUUUGGAAAGUAGCAGCAAAGUUAGUCUAUAAACAGCAGUGUCAUUUUCCUUACGGUGAUAAUGUAAUUUGGUCAGUAAAUUGGUUAAGAUGACCAUCAUCCUUUAAUGCUAUCUUCGUUCUCAUCUAGUUAGUCAAAGUCUGCGCCAGAUCGAAUUUCAUAAAGUGAAUCACAAACAAAAAAGCAAAUCCUGAACUCCAAACCUUUUACACAUAAGGGUAUAACGAGACAACAUUUUAUUGCUCUGCUGGACAUUGUAUAUAACCUUAAUUAAUAUGAUGAAAAAUUCAAUCAUAAAUCAACAGAGAGAGGAAAUGCAUAUUGGCAGAAACUAUGAAACUAUACAUCCCUUGGAAAAAGAACACCACAUGGAAACAACGAGGGUAACACAUACCUAUCUACACAAAGCACGGCGUCAAACUGAAAGCUGAUCCAAGGGAUCUUAAUUGUUACUGUUAGAACAUUAGGACAUGAAUGGUUUAUAUAAAAUACCUUACCAACCAACUGAACAGUAAAUCACUGAACACAAGAAACCAUAUCAAAAACGGGAGAAAUCAACAUUCAGACAUGGACAAGAAGAAACAAUUUGUGAGCAAGUUAUUCCAUUAAGACUUUUCUCUAAGUAACUUUACGCAAUGUCGUUCUGUUUGAUUUUAACCGUAAUGUGCUUUGCUUGACCCUUGAAGACAAGAAAAAGCAAACAUUUCCUGAGAAGUUAAUCGUCAACCUUACUGGUAGAGAGAGAUUAUAGCUAAUUUCACAACUGCGACGAUCACUGAGCUAGACCCAUUUUUCUGUACUAGUUUAUUUCGACACGGAGUGUACAAAGCAUUACGGACACCUGCUCUUUCUAUGACAGACUGACCAGGUGAACACUAUGAUCCCUUAUUGAUGUCACUUGUUAAAUCCACUUCAAAUCAAUGUAGAUGAAGGGGAGCAGACAGGUUAAAGAAGGAUUUUUAAGCCUUGAGACAUGGAUUGGGUACGUGUGCCAUUCAGAGGGUGAAUGGGCAAGACAAAAUAGUGCCUUUGAACGGGGUAUGGUAGUAGGUACCAGGCACAUUGGUUUGUGGGGGUGGGGUGGGGGGCAAAAACUCAGUAUUAGGACGGUGUCCUUAAGGUUUUGUACACUCAGUGUAUACAGCGUGUGGUUCUAACAAACCUAACUAUUCUAUUCUGAUUAUAGACCAUAGCUCACAGUUGUCACAGUUAUGCAAUAGAAUUUAGGUAAACUGAUGUAAGUAUAAUAUAUUUUAUGUAUCUUAAUAUCACUUUAGGGUGUUAUAGUUCAUGGAUGUGACAUAGCAAGAUAAUACAGAAAACAUUAUUGCAUAUUAUUCCAUUUCGAGGACUACCUCAAAUGUGCUAUGUUAGAAAUAUCGGUGUUUGCGGUCUAGUCUUAAAGUCAAACAUAUGAGGAUAUAAUUAUUUUAUUUGCAUAUGGUAUAUCAAGUUGCCCAAACCUGCAUUUCAAAUUUGAGACCCCAUUAGGAAUUCACAAUGAGCCCCAACCCUGUCUCUAUUUGACUGCCAAGCUCACCAGGAGGUAGUACAAAGAUAGAAAUGAAGUCUAGAUACAGAUGCGUCACCACUCAGUACCAGCUACAACACACAAGCAGAUUCAGGAAUUCAGGAGGAUCUCCUCCAACCAAUCAGGAAUAUUAUAAAAAAUGUAUGACCUCUAAUUGGUGAAUAAAGAAGCCAAUGGGAAAGGUUCUCCUGCUAUAGCCUACUCCAAUCUGAUCCCAUUGGUUUUAUGUACGCACAGACUAUCAACAAAGCCGUGUUUAAUAAAAGACAUUAACACAAACAACAAAAGGUGUUAUCCAGUGGCUCGGUUGAAUACUUAACCAGUACGCAUCAAUAUGGCUCUGAAAUAAAGAACUACCCAUACACAAGAGGAAAAACACCACUGAAAUAAAAUGACCGGUUUUGCAUAUCUCGGAAGUCAUCCAUGAAAUGUAGCCUACAUUGUUUUUCUGCCUGCUUUACAACAUCAUUUUAGGAUUCAACUUUUCUUGAUUACUAAAAUCAUUUCUGUCUUUUAGGGCCAGACUUACUAAGUUUACACUUGUUUUCUUCGAGGAAAAUAGGUUAUGACAAUAUGGUAGAGUAAAAUAAAGAGUAUAUCAUGGUUUAGCUUUGUUUCUGGAGUUGUAUCCUGUACUUGAAAAAAACAGAUGCAAACGUUAGCUAAGUCCGGUCCUUCUAUUCUAAAGCUGCUGACAUGGUAAAGGGUGGUUCCAACAACCCAAAGAGACUGGUUGUUUGUUCCUGUAGUGCAAUCUGUGACAGUGUUUAUCUAGUGUAUCCCAAUAGACACAUUAGCACUACCUAGUACGCAUAGCCAAUACUAAGUAGUACGCAAGUUACCCUAUUAAGACACAAACACCAUCUAGGUUUGAGAGUGUCAGUCCUAUCACACCAGCAAGGUUUCGGAUUUAUACAACAUCUAUUCAAAACCCACUCUCGUCAAAUCACAAUUCUUAAUAUCUAUAUAGUUCUAUAUUGAACAGUCACAUCUAUGAAUAUGUAUCCUCAUAAUAUCUACACCACUCCCGACGGUAUCCCCCCCCCCCCAAAAGAGAGGUUGACAACAAAUCAGCGUUGAAGUCAAAAUAACAACAACCCUCCAAUUUAAAGGGCAAAAAACUAACAAAAAAACCUGAAACUUUACAAAUAUCAACUGAAAACUUCAAGUACUAUUAACAAAUAAAAAGCAAGUCCACCUGGCAAAAUGUUUGACAAAUAAUAAGAAUCAUCCUGCUUUAUACAACUUGUUCCCUCCCUCUCAAGACCGAGUGAAAUUAAAUCCAGCCAUGUGCGGCUUAGCCUUCUUACCUGAAAGAAAUAAACCAAGGCCUGGCUCAGAAAUAUCUGUCACAGUUAGUCCAGGUGACUGUGUGUUUGGGCCCCAAGUUUUGAGUCAGAGAUCCUGCCUAGCAGGGUGGGGGAGAGAGACUACCCAAAUGAGAGGCUUCUGUUUCUGGGCAUCCAGAGCUCCAAUGCCCCCUAGAUAGAUGCAUUUAUGGAGGAAGAGAGAGAGAGCCACAGUCGUAUCCAAUCAUCCAGGGAAUUGGGAUUUUAAAUCAGAUUGUCCAGGUAUCAUAAGAGGCCUCUUCUGGGCCAGUGGCUUUGGGAAGUGUCUAGUUACCCGUUAGCCUUGUUCAUAUGGUAUGUCUGUCUCAGUGAAUGAGUGACUAUCUAUCAGAGCGCCAGGGUUUGAGGCUGUAGCUGCUCAGAAGGGUACUCGCCCCUGGGUGGUUUUGGGGAGCCCCAAGUAGCUUAAUUUGUGGGUGAAGGUUGGGGUUUCAGGGCA